CCUAGUACAAAUGAAGAUGCAUUUAAUUGCAUGAAGAGUUGGUGUACAGAGCACCUCUGGAUCACAAACAGAAUAUUCUUUUGGUUGGUAGCCUGCGGUACUGUGGAUGACCAUGCACUUUGCUUUCAUUGGAUGCUGUUUACUCAUGGUGAACUUUUCAGCGAGCCUGCGCAUUUCCCAGAGCCCCCGAUUUAUUGGUGUGAACCGCCAAAUUGUAGUGCCAAUGCACUGUAGAGUGUAUGGGGACUCUAAUGUCAACAGAGUGGCAGAGUGGUUCAAGAAAAAUGAAAGUAUUCAAGCAAACAAUGAAAGUGAUCCUGUAAAGGAGAACAACCGUGUCAAGAUGAGCAAGAGGGGAAACCUAGUGAAUGGCCAAAUGAACAUCUCAAAUCUGGAGCCAACUGACACUGCAGUAUAUUACUGCAAAGUGAAUGGUAGCUGGGGGCCUGGUACUGUGCUGCAAGUACACAAGAAAAUAAAUCCAGAAAAGGCAUUAAUGAGAAGCAGGAUUAAGGACGUCAUGAUCUUCAUCCAGGCUCUGCUGCUUGCAGUUGUUAUCGCCUCUCUGGCCCUCCAUCUGAAACAAGGAAAAAAAGAUGAGGAUGUAAUUUAUGAAGAACCUGAAGACAACCAUAUUUAUGAGGGGUUGGGAAUUGAACAUUGUGGUUUGUAUGAAGACCCAGUUCUUUGCCAGAACUCAGAAGCCACUUGGGAUAAGGCAGAUUCUUCAUAUGAAGAGUGAGGAGUUUUUUCUCUCAGAAUUGGUGACUCUCAUCUGCCUGCUGAACUGUGAUUGUCCCUGACAGCCGCUCCCCUUCCUCUGACGUAAGGUGUGCCUAAUUCUCCCUGGCGAAACUGCCAUGUGAAACGCUAUGAGUCCCAUGGCGCUUUGCCAACACUUAAACUGAUAUAAAAAAUUGUAAUGAGUUAAGGCGCCCAGAGCAGAUUUCUACCCACUUUCACCCAAAAUGUCAGGUUCAAUGACAUUUCAUGCAGUCAUAUGGACAGGUUUCUCAGCGCGGUGGUGAAUUAUAACCACCUUACUUAUACAAUGGCAUAAACAUAUGGGUCAGUGACAAAUAAGGGGUGCCAGUUAAGAAAAAUAAUUUAUUUGGUUAAAAAUGCAAAUAAAAGCUUUUUUUUCUGUUAUUAAAUUUAAUAAGUAUAUAUCAUUCUAAAAUUGUAUUUUCAGCAAAUGUAAUUUAUAUAUUUUAAUUUAAAAUCAUAAAAUGACAUCAGUCAGAGAUGUCAUACCGGAUAACAGAGCUGAAUUUUCAAAAUAUUUGCUAUUCUUACCGCCCAAUAACUAGUCAAUAUUCAAGGUGAGAUAUCAACAAGUAUGUAGUGAUCAGGAAAAUUACUACUCAAGACCAUUUACUACUAUUUACUUUAUAAAAAUUACACUUGCUGUAGAUUACGUGUGUUCAAGUCUCUUACACAAAACUGCUAAGAAAAUGCUCCAGUGAUCCAAUUUGGAAAAUGUCUGAAAAUGCUAUCUAGUACAUCAAUUUAAUCAAUUUAAAUUUAAAAUAUGCAUUUUUACUCCAAAACAAACAGUGUAAUCCAGCCUUACUGAAAUUGUUUCCAGGCAGCACACUCCUGUAGUGACCUACUGAUUAAUCCCACAAUAAUAGACCUCCAUAGAAUGAUAAAAUAACUACAGUAUGAUAAAAGAAUGUUUCCUUGUCAACUGCAAUUGUUACUUAGCUGAUCCAUUGGCUAGCUAAUACAACCCUACUGAUUAGUCUGGCAAAACUAGACCACCAUAUUAUGAUUUUCAAUAUGAUAAAUAAAUAUUAUUAUAGCUUAGGUUUUCUCUUAAAUGAAUUGCACUUCAUACUUGCUGGUCCAUAUUAAUUCCUUUCUCUCUUUUUUGCAAGAAACUCAGAUUUCUAGCAAGUCUAGCAAGUAGCUUCGCUACUCUCUUUGCAGGACAGGGGCAUCUAAAACAGAAUUUCCCUUAAAACAAUAAAGCUGUAAAGGUAUUAAUUCUAAUGGUAAAUAAUGAUAUGAAAUAAUAAUGCAAAAUAUUUUUUGAAAAACAAAUGCUAAUCAUAUAUAAAUUCCAUAAUGACAAUAUGCAUUGUAUACCUAAAAGCAAUAAAGUCAUAAAUAUGUCAUUCCGGAUAGCAAAUCUCACUGUGGGGUAGCACAAUAUAAACGUUAUCCCGUAUGAUGUAAUUGUUAUUUGGUAGGAAAAAUGAGAACUUUAAUCAAUCAAUUGUUUGGACUGCUUAUAGGAAUCUAUGACCUUGAUUGAAUAUAUGAAAUCAUAUUAAAUAUGUUAUUUCAUAUCAAAGAAACAUUUUUUAUUUUUUACCACAGCUUGUGGGUCCUUCAUAAGCUUCUGUAUAAUGCCACUUUUUCAAUGACUUACAAUGACUCAAAAUAAAUAUGUUUGCUCCAGAUUGUCUCUUAUCCAGUAUGACAUUGUUUGAAAUUCCAGCGCUGGGACAAAGGCCUUUGAAGCAUAAAAAUAUAUUGAACUUGAUCAUUUUUGCAACGUUGCUGUUCAACGUUAGCAUGUUUUCUUGUAGCAACUUUUUUCUUUGGAUCUUCUACAGCCUAUGCGAUUUUGGAGAUUUUUUUACUGUAAAAUAGUGUUGUUUGCUUCAAUAAACAAUGUUUUGUGUUAAACAUAUCAUGUAAAUGAUCCUGACAGCAGGGGCAAAGCUCUUUGUGCAAUGGCACAGUGACAUUAAUUAAAACUAUUUUUAAUCAGAAA